AUGGAUCCAAAUGAUGAAACCGAUCUUGAUAGGCUUAUUCAAGAAGAACUUGAUGCACUUACAUUGGACGGCUCGUUGGAAGACGAUGAAGAUCAGACCGAACAGCAAACUGAUACAAAACCAGUUGAAUUCAAGCAAGAUUUGAACGAAACUCGACGAAAUUUAGAAAAAGAAAUGCACGAACGUUUAGCAGCGUUUCAGAAAGAAAGUGAAGCGAAUGUGGAUCGAUAUGACAUCGAUUUUACAGAGAUCGAUGAAUUAAUCAAGAGACCAGUUGGACAAAGUGAAAAAGAAAUUCAGAACAAUGUCGCACAUCAAUGUGGAAUCGAACGAGAAGAAUUAGAUCGAAUUCUCGAAAGUAUCAAUACAGAAGAAUUACCGUCUGAUUCAAUGAUCCAGUCCAAUUCUGAUGAUGACGAUGAUGAUAAGUAUGAUGCGCGUCAGAAGAUCGAAGCGCUUAAACGAAGUCUUCAACCAGUCGAGACCGUUGAAACUGCUGAGCCAACUCCUCGUGAACAAGAAGAUCCGAAUAAAAAGUUGUAUGAUGAGCGUCUAAUUGAAUCCCAUCAACGAAUGCUAGACGAAUUAGCACUACUUGAACAACGACGAAAAGAAGAAGAAGAGCGUUAUGCCGUCGUACUUCAAGAGCAACAAAUUCGUUUAACAGAAGAAUACCGUCGCUUACAAGAGACACUUGAUGAAAAUACUCGUCAAGCUCAAAAUGAGAAACUUCAAUUCGAAAACCUUUGUCGUGAACAAGAACGUGUCACAAAUGAACGACACAAUAAAAUGGCCACUAUCAUUCAAGCGUGGUAUCGAGGACGACGAGUUUAUCGUCAGUAUCACAAAGAGAUAGAGAAACGAGUCGAACCAACAUUGAAAUCCAUUGCGAAAAAACGUAAGAAAAGAGAACAAAUUGAGAUGGCUAAUGUUCCUAAAGCGACGAAAACUCAACGAAUUGAUCCAACUGAAAAGGAGAAUCAACGAGAAACUACUGAUAUGACAACAAUACUUUUACCGACCAGUAAUCGAAUCUCAUCGCCAUUGAUAGAUGUAGCGAUUAAACCAAUAAAUCAAGGACAAAAGUUGCAACCAUUAAUACCUACAGAACAACCUAUUGCGCAAAAAGAGGAAUCAGCCAAGAAGAAGAAAGUCAAUACAAAACAAACGUCGAAUACUCCUCCGCCGUCAACUCAGAUUCUUCAACUGGAAAACCCAAUCGAUUUCAUUCCGACUGUUUUUCCUGACGAAACAAACAUUGUUCUGCCCAAUCAUCGAGUAUCUUCACCCAUCCAAUCAAAACAACAACGAGUUAGAUCACCACACAGACGCAUACCUGCAUCAAAAGUAGAGCCAGCACAAGUAUCGGUCAACGCUAAGGACACAACUUCAAAUCAGAAGACUGUACCAACAAGUAAACAGCUGACAAUGAUUCCUAUUAAAGCAUCUAAUACUCACAUGCCGACUCAUGUGAAGGAUUCAUUGACAACAUUGGCACGGUCGAAUACAUUCGAUAAAAACAUCGAAAGCCCGAUAACACCAUCGAUCGAAAACAUAUCCUUGUCGAAUUCAUUGAUUCGCUCGAAAACGUUUGACAAAGAAAUGGAGAAUUUUCAACGGCCAACUAUCGAACGGAUUUCGACCGCAAGAUCAGUCGAUUCAACUUCGUCUGCAACAUUGAAACGAUCGAAUACAUUUGUAAAUAAAUCUUCCACAACACUGUUGCGAAUUGGGAGUAUUUCGCCACGAAAAGCUGCGAAUAUCGUUCCGCCAGUAGCUGAAAUUAAACCUGAUCCAAUUGUUAGCAAACCGACAAGAAUUCCAUCGCCAACUGAGCAUAGAACACAAAUUGAAACAUUACCAGCUAAAGAAGAGAAGAAAUCUGAAGUAUCCAUCAACAAUUCUCAACUUGUUUUCUCAUUCCAUGAUCCACAUCCGAUCGGCAAGUCUGCUGAUCCAUUACCUGUCGAUCCUAUCAUUUCCUCGAAACCUAUCGAAACAGUGCCAGUCACACGUGACCGUCCAAUCACACCAAAAGUAUCCACUCCACGCAAGACAGUACCUGUGCAAGAAAGACCAACUACUCAAGUGACCUACCCAUUCUUGAACGAUGCUCGUCGCUGGGCAGAACAUACUCGUGAUAUGACUUACGCGAAUCUCAUUCAGUUGACUGAAGAAUUGAGUCAUCAAAUACCAUCACGCAAAACAGGUGUCUCUAUUCGGAAACUACCAGACAUUGAUUCUCAAUUGUUAACAAAAGCAGCCAAAAGUCAAUCACCAAGCGAGCUUCGUUAUCUGCUGUUGGAUAAACUUAUCACUCCGUGCUCAUUGUCAUUAGUUGGAAAUACGUACUCCAACUUAACUCACCUUACACUUCGUCAGUGUAAACUCGUUCAAUUGACUGGUUUAGAAUCCUGCUCGUCAUUGACUAUUCUUGACGUUGAGAAUAACUGGCUUGAACAAAUGCAUAUUCAAUUGAAUCAUUUACAGUAUCUAAACAUAUCUCGUAACCGUCUGACUUCACUUCUUUCUCUACAAAGUCCAUCUCUCAAAUAUCUCGAUGUUUCAAAAAAUCGUCUCACACGUUUGAAUGGCAUUGAGACUCUAUCAAACUUGAAUAUUCUCCUUGCAACAGGCAAUCAACUAUUGACUACGAUUGGUUUACAAGGUUGUACACAUCUGUUACAUAUGGAUCUAUCCGAUAAUCACCUUGUCGAAAUGGAACAACUCGAGCAAUGUCCGUUAUUGAUAACACUAAAAGCAACUUCAAAUGCUUUGAUUCAAUGUCCCAAUCUUUUGAAUUCGAUUCUAUUGAAUGAACUGGAUCUUUCAUCGAAUAGUUUAACUUCAUUUGAUGAACUAUCCACUGGAUCGUGGUUACCAUUUCUAACACAUCUGCGUUUAGCAAGUAAUAGUUUGCAAGAGCUAUCACCAAUUAAAUUACCAGUAUUGAAUGAAUUGGAUUUGGGUUUCAAUCAACUUUCUGAUGAAUCGAUUGUAAAACGCUUCGUCAAAACUUGUCCAUCAUUGUGUCGACUGAAUUUAGAACAAAAUCCUGUACUGUGCGAUAUUAAUGAAACACUUGUCUCAGAAAAGAAGUCUCCAACAAAUCCCAUCACAUUAUUACCUAAUUUUUCUACGAACAAAUCAACUGAAUCGAUUCAAUUAUAUUUAACAUUUCUGUCAAAUAUUACAUCAGUGUUAAUUAAAUUACGUCAAACAGUUGAGCAAUGCCAAACAGAACCGUUUCAUCUACUUAAAUUAAUUCAAAAUCAAUGUCAACAGUAUUACGAACAGAAAAAAGUCGAGCCUGUCGAACUGUCAGAAAUAAUCAAGUUGUCUAGUGAGCCUAAAGAACUGUCUCCGAAAGAACAAAGCAUCAUUCGAUUGCAAGCACAUUGGCGUCGGCGAUUGAUGGAACAAAAUUUAGAUAAAUGUCAACAAGCUGCACAGAAGAUUCAGGCUCGUUGGCGCGGUUAUGUAGUUCGACAGCGAAUGUACAAUGUGCGACAUUUUCAUAGUUCACAACAACAAACCUUCGACGAAAUUGAUUUGACUCAAUUUGAAUUCGAUGAAGCUGCGUUUGAUGCGAAAUUUCAACGACCACAGACACCAGUGGCUCGUGUUCGACAAGUCUGGCAAUCUCAACAUGGAAUCUUACCGAGUCCAAUUCAAAUAACUGAGCUGUCUCGUCCAAACUCCGGUCGUGCAUCAUCUACAGCUUCUUCACGUGCAAAACCAAUUGUUGAGCCCCUCGACAUGUCCGCACGACCUAUUAUGAUGACGAAUGAAUGGGGUUUUACUCCAUCGAGUACUACAGCAGCUUUAAUGUUAAAACGUGCACAAAAAAUGAAAUGGAAUGCCGAACGUAGGCAAAAACGACAGCAUAUGGAUGCGUUUCAACGUUUACAAAUGGCUCGAAAUAAUGAACAACCACCUGGUACACUUCGAUUAGCUCGACGUAAACCAUCAGUAACAAAUACGACAAAGCCACUUGCACAUACUCAAACUGCUAAUCCGCCUGUAGUCACACAACCACGUGCCAAUCGUGUUUAUGAAUGGGUACAUACUCAAGUCGCGCGUAUUGAUGACUCGGGACUACCAAAUGCAAAUAGUCCAAGAUAUGAUCGUAAACGUUUACCGAGUCUUGAGAGUUCAACAGAUUCCCUAAAUCGUUUGCGUUCGAACGAACUUCUACACCAACAACAGAAUCGAUGGAAUACAUCGUCGGUAUCCAUUCGUCAACCACCAUCGCUACUGCCACCUAUUAAUGGACAAAAUCCACGUCUUUAG